ACAGGCGCGUAAUUCGGCGCACGGCUUGUCACGAAGUGGAUUUAAAAAAAGGUUUGCAAUACCACUAUACAAAGAACCAUGAGCAUAUCAGCCUUUGAGAGGCGGUGAAAAUGUACACUUUUCUUUUAGAUUACCAUUUUUAUGUGUAGGAAAAGUUUUAGUGCUAAGGCUGUGUAAUUCAGUUUAAUAUACACCAUAUCGGGUAAAAUGAUAUUGUUUUGGCGUUUGCUGCUGAUUUAAGGUUUAAGAGGAUGCUAGAGACCACGCAAAGCGAAAAACUAUCAACCAUGAGUGACCAAGAUGAUCCACUGGCUCAGCCACAGACAACUCCUCGCAGUUCGCUUGGUUCCGGUGUGCUGUCGUACAGUAAUUCAUCCAUAUCGCCUUCAACUAGUUCUAGCAGUUCGCAAGGCUCGGCGAAAUCGGCUGUCAGUGAAUGUCUAGGAGCAUGGUUAAACUAUUUGCAAAUUAUGAACAAUUUUUGUGCUGCCGGUUACCGUCUGGCACAGACGAUCGCUGCUCUUGAACCAUGGGCCACUCUAGACCAAUCAGCACAAACCGGUGGCAGCGGUAUCCAACAACAACAACAGCAAGCUCAGCAACAACAGCCUUUUGUGACGCCACAAAUUCCUUCACACAUGGCUUUUCAGUUUAUUACAGCCUGGGAUGAUUUAGCUCGGGCUUCGGUAGUAGCAACAAGUACAGUCAAAUCACACAUUGUUAGCGUACUGCAAGAUUUCAAAACUCAGCCUCUCAGUUCAGUGGACCAGGAUGGCGAGUUGCAACAUAUCCGAGAACAUAAUCAGCUUAUACUACAAGAUAAUGCACAAACAAUGAUAAAUCUCCAGCAUCAAUUUUGUGUAGCUUCUUGCGAUUCGUUUGCACAACUCAUGUGUUGCUAUCAAUGUCAAACUCAGGUUGGUUUUCCACAUGAUCCGGAAUGCCCAAUGAUUCAGCAUCCAAUGUCGACCGCUGCUGCGAUAGCUCGAAGUGAUCAACGAUCUCAAACGCCGUCUCCACACUUCGGGAUGAAAAUACAGGAAGCUAGACUCUAUGAUAGAGGUUCUAUAUCAACUCAGGGAUCAUCAGAUCACGGAACAACAGCUUAUGAACAAACACGUGGACCAUCACCGCAUGACAUUCGUGGGCCGAGUCCGAUUCAGGGAUAUCUGGACAACAUUCGUGGCCCACUUCCCAAUCCUGGACACCUCUCUGGAAUGAAAGCUCCAUUUUAUCGCGGCUCGCGAAGUCCUCUAAACUUUCCACUGUUCACGCUAAAUGGCCAGCGGCGCUGGUCCGAAGCAGCUGCUGGUGAAGUAAACUCCGAAUCGGCACUGGAUGCCGAAAGUCAAAUGCGCCGCUGGUCGAUGCCAUGGGAAGCCAAAGCGGACAAGUCAACAGUUCACUGGAAUCAAACUCGAAUCAUGCCUAUAUCAAAGCUGGCCGUUCCACAACAACAAUCCAGCGGCCAGAAAUCAUCAACUGGGGAUCGUAGUCAAAGCACAACGCCGGAUUCAACCUGGCAUUCUUCGGUUACUAGCCAGGAUGGUUUGGUAGAGGCCAUACAAUUGCUCUCUUGUCGACCCAUCUAUCGGUUGCCCUCGAUGCCACCACCUAACAUUGGACCACCAUUUCUGGAAGAACCGAGUUGUGCGAAUUUCCAACACCCGCAACAGGUGCCGCAACAGCAAUUUACCGCCAACUCCGGUCUAUACGGAAUUUGGACCCAGCAAAAUCCACCGAGCGCGAUGCUUCGGCAGCAGUCGAUCCAGGAACGUGGUGUAGCACCAUUCAUGCAGUACAUCCGCGAGCAAGAGGGAUCCCUCGACGAGAACCCACCACCCUAAAAGAUAGAAAUUAGCACUAAUUUUACAUGAUAUUGCCGGUAGAGUCCAUUUCUACUACUCAAAGAUAUAAUCUCACACCGUUGGCAACGGGUCCACUUUUGUCACGCUUCAAAUAUUUAUAAAAAAAGUCGUAGUAAGAGUUGUAUCGUGUAACUACUCCUAAGUUUAAUUAUUGUUGGCGUCAAGAUAAGGCAAAGUUGCUGUGGAAUGUUUGAUGUUCUUGAAUUGUGAUCGUUUCCAAAAUGAAAAGCACAAACUCUAUAGCAAAAUCGAUCAUGAACUAUUAUGUGAACAAAUUUAAGUGAUUAUACAGUGAAGACCCGAUUUUAUCAGCUCCCGAUUUUGUCAGCCUCAUAUAAAAAUUAGCUUGAUGAGUUCCAACAACCGAAUCAAGUAAAUUUUUUAUCUAAAUUUUGUACUGUAAGAGUCCCUUGAGGUAAUUUUAUUCUUAAUAAUCAAAAAGCAUUAUGAGGCUAUGUCUAGGGAUUCCAGAAUAUUUUAGCAGCUCGGUUUUAUAAAAAAGAAAGAAAAAUAUGUUUCCCGAUUUUUUUCAGCUUAAAAUUCAUCAUGGGGCUGAUAAAACAGAGUCAUCUCAGUAGUAUAUUUUGAAAAAUCGAAUUUAUUUUGAGUUGGGGAAACUGUAACAUGUCAAUGUAAUUAGUUUAACUCAUAUAAGGAACACCUGUAACCAAAUGAAUCUACAGUAGGAAUCGAUUUUAUAUUUUUUGGUCUUUAAGGUCUAUUUAAAUUUUAAUCUAUUUUGUAGUACAGCUAUUUCUAAAUAAUAAUCGUCAUUCGAAAUUUUUUCCAUUUUAGAUCAAACUCAAUAAAAUGCUAGUCUCAUAAA